GGACCAUCAGAUUGGAGGAUCCGAGAGAACAGGCACCGCACUGCUUGGAAAUAUACGACGGCCAGGUUUCCGGGAUGACCCACUCGCUUGAACGCGAGGGGCUACCCUCUCAUCCUACCUGGCAAGGCGUGCACGGCGUCAAGCGGGCAGCGCACGCUGGCUGCGAAACACUGGGCAACGAAGCCAAGCUGGAUGUAUGGCCAACCACGCAGCACAGUGAGCCACUGCGUCUCUCGGCCCGGCGCCUGGACCCAGAGAACACGACCCUCCCAACAUCCGCAGCAGUGCCUCUGGCACGUGGUGUGGCUGCGGGACUCGCCCCAGGAGUGUGGCGAGCCAGUGUGGUAAGCGCGGCUGCUGCACGGCGGCAGCGGCGUGCGAGGGCAGUCGAGUCGGCCGACAACCUCGUCAAAAGGCUCGUGAAGGCGAAUCGCGUCUUGCAGGAGCAGCUGGAGGAGCUCCAGGCGGUCGUCGGCGACGACUCCGAGCUCUCGGCGCGGCUCCUGCUUGUGGUCCCAAUGCUCGCGGCGGCGACUACAGGCAGAGUGGCGAGUAAGCUGCAGAUUGCGCGGCGGAACACGGC